GCAACAGACUAGUGUGGGAACUACUGUUAACCGUAGGCCUGUGUUUUGCCGCUAAGAUGGCGGCUCCCUUAGUGUUGGUGGUUUUGGUGGCCGUGACAGUCCGGGCCGCUUUAUUCCGCUCCAGCCUGGCUGGACUCAUCUCUGAGAGGGUGGAAGUGGCGUCUCCUUUAAAUGCCUGGAAACGAGUGGUUGAGGGACUAGCCUUACUUGAUUUGGGUGUAUCUCCAUAUUCUGGAGAUGUCUUUCAUGAAACACCUCUUAUAAUAUACCUCUUUCAUUUCCUGAUUGAUUAUGCUGAACUGGUAUUUAUGCUGAUAGAUAUUUUGACGGCUAUAGCCCUUUAUUUAGCUGUUCAGGAUUACAACAAAAUUUUGUUUAAAAAGCAAAAACUGCUAAUAGAACUGGAUAAAUAUGCACCUGAUGCAACCGAGCUUAUCCGGACUCCUAUGGAAAUGUACUACAUUCCUCUCAAAGUAGCGCUGUUUUACCUGUUGAAUCCAUACACUGUGUUGUCUUGUGUGGCAAAAUCUACCUGUGCCAUCAACAAUGCUAUAAUUGCAUUCUUCAUUUUGGCAACAAUAAAAGGUAGUACCUUUCUGAGUGCUAUAUUUCUGGCAUUAGCAACAUAUCAAUCUCUGUACCCUCUUACCUUGUUUGCACCAGCCCUUCUCUAUUUAUUACAGCGUCAGUUCAUACCAAUGAAAAUGAAAAGCAAAGAAUUCUGGGUACACACCAUACAAUAUGCGGGACUAUAUUUGGGAAGUCUGAUAGUGAUAAUUUGCCUCUCAUUCUUCCUCCUCAACUCAUGGGAUUUCAUUCCAUCUGUUUAUGGUUUCAUCCUUUCGGUUCCAGACCUGACACCCAAUGUUGGCCUUUUCUGGUACUUCUUUGCAGAAAUGUUUGAACACUUCAGUCUCUUUUUUGUGUGUGUUUUUCAAAUCAACGUCUUCUUCUACACUAUUCCCUUGGCAAUAAAAUUAAAGGAACAUCCCAUCUUUUUCAUGUUUGUUCAACUGGCCAUCAUUUCCAUCUUUAAGUCAUACCCAACAGUAGGUGAUAUUGCUCUUUACAUGGCCUUCCUUCCUCUCUGGAGCCACCUAUAUCAGUUUUUAAGGAAUGUCUUCAUCCUUUCCUGUGUACUCAUUGUCUGCUCCCUGCUGUUCCCAGUUUUAUGGCAUCUCUGGAUUUACGCAGGAAGUGCAAACUCCAAUUUUUAUUAUGCAAUCACAUUGACAUUCAAUGUAGGACAGAUUUUUCUCAUCUCAGAUUAUUUUUAUGCCUUCCUGCAAAGGGAAUACUACCUCACUCAUGGAAUCCACUUAAUUAAAAAAGAUAGGACAGACUCUAUGUUGGUUCUCAAAUAAUCCUGGCAUUUGACAUGACUUGAGGAAUAGACAUUUAUGAGAAACAGAUGAUACUUAGGUGGGUGGAGACCUGAUUUUUGGGAAGAUACUAUUUUGCAUAUGGAGAACGGGCUGCAGUUUGGGAAUACUCUAAUCCUGAUACAGAGUUGGUACUAAGAGCUUGUGAACAAGGUGGAAGAGACUGUAUUUGUAUCCUGUAUCCCUACUUAAAGCUGUUUCCAACAGCCAUAGUGUUGCUGUGAACCCCAGUCAACAGUCCCGGGGAUUCAUCAGGUAAAAUGCAUUGGGACUAACAACCAAGGUGAGCUUUUGUGCCUACAAGCAAGGCGGUAGGUGAUGUUGAUGCUUAUAAUUUCUGGGAACAGUGUUGGGAAUUUACUUUUUUCAGGAAACAAAUAAUAUGCUCUUAUUUGGUUCUUGCUGCUUUGUUUCCUUUAAGUGUUUGUGUACCUGCCUAAAUUUACAGAGCUCUUUGGAGAAUGGGCAGCUACACGGAUCUUCUUGUGCUAAUACUAGAAGCUAGGAGGCCUGAUACAACAUGGUGCUGUGGACAAAUGGUUGAUUUCAAUCAGUCUGUCAGACACAGAGAGUUAAAUUCUGAAUUUUAAAAGACGGUGGUCAUGAGGGUCAGGAUUAGGGUUAGGGUCAUGAGGUGGAUAGAAUUUGCUCCCCUUUCUUUAAGGGAAAAUAGUGCCUCCCCCUGUGGAGAUACCACUGUGUUGUUUGAAUAUGGUUUUAAGGAAGAGAGAUUAACAUAAUGUGAUAUAGUGAUAUAGGAAACCUUCCCCCCUGCCCCCCCCUGGAAUGCACAUGGGCCUACAUAGUCAUGGGUGGGCUAGGUAGUCCAUUUUUUAAGAGGUGCAUGAAAUAAUUCCUCUGUUUUUCCUACCAUCAUUCAAUUUUGGGAGCAUAAUAUGUAUUUUCACUUUUCUGAGUUUGUGGCAAAAAUCAGAAAGCACAAACAUUUUAACUUCUCUCCAAAUCAGAGCAGUGUAUUUCCAUAUGAUGCUAAGUCUUUGCAGUACUCAUACCAUUAUAAACUCCACCCAAAGUGUUACUCUUUGAAAGGAGAAGCAAUUGAAUGUGAUGGUGUUAGAAAAGAGGUUGUGCAAAAAGUCUGGUCCCUUCCAUCUAUCUUCAGUGUUGUCUGGGCAGAUUUCUUCUCUCAAGACACACACACACACACACACACACACACACACACACGUAUAUAUGGUACUUGCUGCUAUUUUAAACUUUUCUAACUUAACGUAGCUGUACCUGAUUGCUUCCUCUGUUAUUUUACCAACAAUAUGUUUUUCUCAUAGGAAAGCUGAGCAGGAUGUAACCAAGCUCUCAGUUCCCAGAAAAGGCCUACACACUCCACUUUUUUACCUGUGAGCAGAAAAGAUAAGAUUGGGAGGCACUGAAUUUAGCAUUAUAUAGGCCAUCUUUUAUUUUUUUGCAAAACCACUCAGCAGGCCAUCUUUUUUUUUACAAUGUAUUUCUUACCAAGUGCUCUUUCAAAAGGAAUUAAAAAUAAAGAAAAAUCUUGCCUUAUUGAACUACAGAGUGUAUUAUAUGUAGAAGGCUGCACCGUAUCUAGAAGGUUAGGCUGCCUUUACAUCGCAGGGCCUCUAGCAGCAUAAUAAAUUGUAUGAAGACAUUCGUUAUUGAAACUGAAUCUGGAGACUUGUAAGAGGUAGAGUUGCUUUCAUCAGAAGGUAUUGCAGAGUGUAUUUCUAGCACUAUUCUGAUGUAUGACAUGCAUAAAAGGCAGAGCAGGAUCACAGCUGGAAGUCGAAUACCCAGCUUGCAAGCAUUUGUUGUAUUAUCAGUUAUGUCCAGUUUCAUUUCAUUUUAUUUUAUAUAUUACUGUAUUACCAAAAAAAUUCUGUAUUGCCCAAUCCCAAGAUCGUGAGCAUUGUAAAUGUAUAUAGAACAAAGACACACCCCAGCUGCCUCAAUUAAUUGAUACAAUCAAUUAAUAUGAUUAAAACCCAGUAAUAAUAAUAAAUUCAUUGUAUGUUCAUAUAAAUUCA